CUUCAUCUACUGUAGCCAAACAGGAAUCAUUGCAAGAAGGAGCAGCGUGGAGUUUCCCCAGUGCAGGACAGGCAGGAACACGUUCAGGGGACACCCGGAGUAUCUCUUUAAAAAGAAGCAAGUGUGAGCGAGCAGUGCCAUUCAGAUCUGAAACAGUGACGGGAGGCGAUGGGAAGUGCUGGUCGGAGACCGAGCAUGUUGCAGCAGAACAGACUUGCCUUUGAGGACAGUAUAAUGACCAACCUGGAGAAAGGGAACCAGCAGCCCAAGGGCCAGGAGUGGACAUUGGUGCAGCCAUCCAGUGCGCCUCCCACGCCCGAGAGGACACUGCCCGUCUACUUGUCCUACUUUGACAUGUUACUCACUGAAGACUGUACGUGGCUAUCUAAGGGACUUGCAGAGCGGCCGGAAAUUGACCACGGCUUGAAGACUGAGCAGCAGAAAGAGCCAGAGCAAUGCCCCAUAGUGGACAGUCAGGAGAUCUGUGUGCCCACCGAGCUGGACUAUCAGAAUGGCGUCCACCUGGAAGAGCGGUCUCUGGAGCAGGUUCAGACAAUGGUGGUGGGGGAAGUACUCAAGGAGAUAGAAACGGCUUGUAAGCUACUGAACAUCGCAGCAGACCCGAUGGAGUGGGGAGUGGGCAAUGUUCAGAAAUGGAUCCUAUGGACUGAACACCAAUACCGGCUCCCGCAGAUCGGCAAGUCCUUCCAGGAGCUGAGUGGCAAGGACCUGUGCUCCAUGUCCGAGGAGGAGUUUCGGCAGCGUUCCCCAGUGUGUGGGGACAUUCUCUAUGCACACCUGGACAUCUGGAAGUCUGCCGCUUGGAUGAAGGAAAAGACGUGUCCUGGAGACAGCAGAUAUAAUGGUAACACGCUCCUCUCCACCGCUGCACCGGCCGGCUGCGCUGACGAGGGCUGGAUGGACACAGAGGCUGACUCCUCCUGCUCCGGGCAGCCCAUCCACCUCUGGCAAUUCCUGAAGGAGCUUUUACUGAAGCCACACAGCUAUGGACGCUUUAUCCGCUGGCUAAACAAAGAAAAAGGAAUAUUUAAGAUUGAGGACUCGGCGCAGGUUGCCCGGUUGUGGGGGAUCCGGAAAAACCGUCCGGCCAUGAACUAUGAUAAGCUGAGCCGCUCGAUCAGGCAAUACUACAAGAAGGGAAUCAUCCGCAAGCCCGACGUCUCACAGCGCCUGGUUUACCAGUUUGUGCACCCGGUGUGAGAGAGAGGAGAGCGGCAACGAGCAGAGACUCACACGCACUGUGGCCUUCACAUCACAUCCUCGGCCCUCGGUCAGGCCCUCCACCUCCCUGCCCCUGGCCUCCCCUCUC